CACACACACACACACACACACACACACUUCUGUGGUACUUCCUUCCCCUAGCACUCUGACUUAUCAUGGAGUGACUUCAACUGAGUCAGACAGUUCUGGCCUGGACAACUAUCAGAAGCUUUUCUACUGGCUGGGUGAUGAAGAUGGAAUCCAUAUCCACAUCCACAUCAUAUGAUUAUUAUAACUACAGCGAUGACCCGUACCCACCAAUCUCAUCAUGUGGUAUGGAGAAUGUCAACUAUUUGGGAGCUCACCUAUCCAUCCUCUUUUACUUCAUGUUUCUCUUCAGUCUCUUUGGCAACGGGCUGGUCCUGGUCAUCAUCCAUCGGUUUGAGAAGCUGACCACUGUGACCAACAUCUUGCUGCUGAAUCUGGUGGUGUCCUCCAUGAUCUUCAUGAGCUGCCUUCCCUUCUUGGGAGUCUACUUGCAGCUCUCUUACUGGAUCUUCGGCAUGGUCAUGUGCAAGAUUGUUGGCACCGUCUACUAUCUGGGCUUCUACAGUUCUGUCCUCUUUCUAACUCUUUUGACCUUUGACAGACACCUUACAGUUGUGUACUCCUUGGGCGCGCCGCGAGUGAGGAGUCAAAGAUACGCGGUAUUCUCCUGUGCUGUAGUGUGGCUCAUCAGCGGCCUGGCGUGCAUCCGGCCGAUGAUCCUCCUUACCACUUUCACAUAUUUGGGAAAGGUAACAUACUGUCAGGAGUAUGCUGGUGACUUGCCUUAUGUGGAUGUAAAGCUGCUGAGAACAUCUGGUUUUUACCUUCAGCUUAUUAUUUUCUUGAUCUUUCCUCUGGCUGUUAUUAUCUACUGCUACGUUAGGAUUGCUAUCACUGUCAUGUCAUCCAGGAUAGUCACCAAGUUCCAGACAGUUAGGUUAAUAUUUUUCAUUGUGCUGAUGUUUUUUAUGUGCUGGACCCCAUUCAACAUUGUAUUGCUAAUGGAUAAUGAAGCUGAUACCUGUCAGGAAAAGAAGAAAACGGCUUACGCUCUUGAAAUCACUCGUAUCCUUGCCUACAUUUACUUUUGCAUCAGUCCAAUCUUCUACACAUUUGUUGGAAAAAAGUUCCAGAACUAUUUCAGACAGAUGCUGGUGAAACGUUUUCCGGGUUUAAAUCCUGUUUCGGUCAGUCAACAAAGCAGAACCAAUAUGUCCACAAGAAGUUCACCCAAUGAGUUAUAAGAAUGGGAAGCCCGUUGUUUCUCAGGCCUGCUAUGUGUUCAACAACAAAUGUAGUGCUGUUAGAGAUUGUGUUGUUAUUGGAUGCUCAAGGUGGAGGGUAAUGAAAUAAAUAAGUUGAGAUUUAGUCUUGCCUAUCAAAUCUGAAAUAAGUUAUAUUUGUGUUCCUUCCUAUUGAGAAACCAAUAUGUGCAGUGUAACAAUUUCUCUGGGACAUACUGAUUCAUAUUUUCACCCUUCUCAAGCCAUUGACAUGUUUUAAAAGUUAGUCGUCAAAGUCCAAAUUGAAGCUCCUGUCACUUCUUUAAAGGACAACUAUUAUAUAGCAUUUAUAGGUUAAUACUUGUAUUUUGUGUUUGUACUAGAACGUGUUAACAUGCUAUAAUGCUCAAUGCUGCAUCUGUAUUCACCAAGAGGGUAGAUUACCAAGUUUUAGCCACGUUUUACAGGAAAAUCCAACAUUAUAGAAAAGAGAUGUGGUUGGUGUAAGAGAGUUACAAUAUAGCAGCAUUAACUGUGGAACAUCUGACCGUAGAGCAUGUCAUAGACCAUUCAUAUAUACAGUAUAUAUAGAGAGCUUCUCUAGAACAAUGAAUCAAGUGUGUACACUCCCUUUGUUUGGUUUUGUCCACGUUGUUUCUCAUGUGAAAAAGGUUCUUCAUAAAAUUGCUUUUAAAUAAUGUAAAAAAUAAAGCUGAUUUUGAAGUGUUGUGGUGAUUUAUUUAUUGUCCAAGUUUGAUAAGAAGCA